AUGGCGAUGCGCGAGGAGGCACGAACCGCCUGGUCAUCCGCGUGGUCUGGCAGGUGUCUGUCGGCCUUCCUGGAGGACGUCAACGUGGAGCAGGCGGAGCUCGCCAUUGAUGGCUGCGCCGGUGACACCUCCUCGCCGCAGCCGAGUGUUGGCAGGACGCUGGGCGGCGAGUGCUACAUCGGCGACGGCGGUGGCGGCUUCACAGAGGUCCCAAGCGAAGCCAGGGCCGCGUGCGAGGACCACAUGGCCCGGGAGCUGCUCGUGGCGUCGGUGGACAAGCUUGGCGAGAUGCAGGACUGGAUCGCGAAGCCGUGGAAGCAGCUCAGCACGGAGGUGCCGCAGGUGAAAGAGCUCAAGGUGGUGCUAGGGAGCUCGUCGCGGUGGUGCUGGGGAGCUCCGCAACUCGCGGGGAUGAAGCAGGACAGCCUCGCGGAGCAGCCGAUGGUGUCGGCGGGGAGCCGUGAGGAGAAGCAGGUCAGCCUCGAGAAGCGGCCGACGGUGUCGAUGAAGAUCUUCGGGCCAGGCUGCACGCCGCCGCCGGCAAGCCUGACGCCACCGCCCAGGUGGUGGGGAGCCAGGCCCCAGCCGCAGGAAGCGGCGCUGAACACCCUCCAGGGCAUCUCGGCUGGGGCGCCGGAGACAGAGGAGCAGGAGGAGGGCUUCCCAAAGGUCGUGAAGCACACUCGUUGGCAGCGCUACGCGAAGCAGAAGGAGCACAAGGAGACGGCGAACCAGGAGGCGGCGCAGCAGAUGGACCUCACAGCGCAGCCCAGCCUCUCCGAGCAGGAGCCGAACCCCUUCGAGCUGGCGAAUCGAGGCCCUGGCGGAGGCACAGGCAUCGGAGAGAAAGGCGAUGGCGUCGCUGGUGGCCCCGUGACGCUGCCCAGCCUCCUUGUGAAGGAGACGCAGGAAGAGUGGCCAUCCCUGGAGGAGGCUGUGAAGCAGUACGAGGUCGUGGAGCCGCGGCUCCUCCCAGCGGUGGGCUGCGGAGGCGGCCUGCUCGACAAGGCUUUCAGGCUUUGGCGGCGGCAGGCGCUGCAAGACAGGGCUCACGGAGCUCGGAAGCGGAAGGAGGCCCUGCCGCCGAAGGUGGGCAACCACGGGGUGACCGUAGUGCAGCUAGUGGCGAGGCUGCGUGCUCCUGGCAUGCUGGAGGCGCUCGCGGCGGAGGUCGGCGAGAAGGGACAGGCGGCCGUCGGCUUCCUCGAGAAGACGGUGCAAGCAAUCGGGGGCAGUGGUCAGCUCUCGCAGGCCGAGUUUGAGUCCAUCCUCGAGGACAUCGUGCAGCCCGAGGGGAGCUCGAGGGACCCCGUGGGCUGA